AUGCAGUUGCUUACCGUCAUCGUCGUUGUUCUCAACUUGUCCAGCAAGUCUCUUAUCAACCAGCUCACACCGUCACUUGCUCUCAACACUCACCGUGGCACAGACAUCAGGAGCGGAUUUAGGACACAUGUUUUGUCCCCCAUAGUCCGGUCGAUCCAACUUGCGGUGAGAGAGGCGGGUGGGGAAUCCACUUCCAAGCAACCUUCGUAUCAACCCCACACGCUGUCAGUUGUCAUGGUGGAUGGGUCUAAAGGACAUCCUGUCAAGGAGCCCUGA